UCAUGGGUCACAGCGUCAGCAAUUUGUUUAAUCAAUAGAAAAAUACAAAAAAAUUUGGACAAAGAUUCCGCUUACAGUAUUCUGAAUAAAAUAUAUACAAUUAUAGAUAUAUCGAAUCCAAAUCCUGUGAAAUUCCUCCCCAAGGAGAAAAUCUGAAGCUUUGCGAUGUCGCAGUCUCGAGUUUACGCUGACGUCAAUGUUCAACGCCCUCGAGAUUACUGGGAUUAUGAAUCUCUCACUGUUCAAUGGGGCGAUCAAGACGACUAUGAGGUUGUUAGGAAAGUCGGCAGGGGAAAGUAUAGUGAGGUCUUUGAAGGUAUAAACAUCACGAACAAUGAAAAGUGCAUCAUCAAAAUUCUCAAACCGGUCAAAAAGAAGAAGAUAAAGAGGGAAAUAAAGAUACUUCAGAAUCUUUGUGGAGGUCCAAAUAUUGUAAAAUUGCUAGAUAUAGUCCGAGAUCAGCACUCCAAAACCCCCAGUUUGAUUUUUGAAUAUGUUAAUAGUACUGAUUUUAAAGUCUUGUACCCGACGCUGACAGAUUAUGACAUACGCUACUACAUAUACGAGCUUCUCAAGGCAUUAGAUUAUUGCCAUUCUCAGGGGAUAAUGCACAGAGAUGUCAAACCUCACAAUGUUAUGAUAGAUCAUGAACUGCGGAAACUUCGGCUCAUUGAUUGGGGCCUUGCAGAAUUCUAUCAUCCCAACAAAGAAUACAAUGUCCGAGUGGCUUCACGAUACUUUAAGGGGCCUGAGCUGCUUGUGGACUUGCAAGAUUAUGAUUAUUCUCUAGAUAUAUGGAGCCUGGGCUGUAUGUUUGCUGGAAUGAUUUUCCGGAAGGAGCCUUUCUUCUAUGGUCAUGACAAUCAUGACCAGCUUGUCAAAAUAGCUAAGGUCCUUGGUACAGAUGAAUUGAAUGUGUAUUUGAACAAAUAUCAUCUUGAACUGGACCCUCAACUUGAAGCUCUUGUUGGAAGGCACAGCAGGAAGCCUUGGUCUAGAUUUAUUAACUCAGACAAUCAACAUCUUGUUUCCCCUGAGGCCCUUGAUUUUCUCGAUAAACUUCUCCGUUAUGAUCAUCAAGAUAGGCUUACAGCCAAAGAAGCAAUGGCUCAUCCUUACUUCAACCAAGUGAGGGCAGCCGAAAAUAGUAGGAUGCGGACAUAGUAGCUUUACACUCUUUUUACAGUUGCGAAGUCGCAUCAUCGUAAAUGAAUUUUUCAUCUUAUUAUAUGAAGGUGAUACUGCAGGAAAGUAUUUGCCUGACUUAAAUAGGUUGAUAAUGAAGUGUUAACAUUUUGAUGCAAUGAAGAUUGUACAUUUUACACAAUUGUAACUCUAAAUGUUUUGGCCUGGACAUUAUGCUUGUUUUACUGUCAUAACAUUAUAAUAAUUAGUACUAUCUUACCCAGGGAAGUUAAACU